AUGGGGAAGGACAGGCCGCUCAUCAAACCAACCAUCUUCCUCUUUCUCCUCUUCUUCCCUCAUGGAGACACCUCACCCACCACAGAGCCGCAAUAUAUGGUGCUGCUGCCCUUUCUGAUACAAACUGAUUCUGCUGAGAAAGUCUGUGUUCAGCUGACCCACCUGAAUGAAUCUGUGACACUGAGUGCUGUGCUUGAGUAUCAAGGGGAAAACAGGAGCUUGAUUGAUGAUGUGGUGUCGGAGAAGGACGUGUUCACCUGCAUCCCUUUCUUUGUUCCAAAAUCAAAUAGCCAGUCAUCAGUCACGUUUAUCACUGUGACUGUGAAGGGGGCGACACUGCAGUUCAGGAGUCGCAAGUCAGUGCUGGUCAAGAAUUCUGAGAGCUUGGUCUUCAUCCAGACAGACAAACCCAUCUACAAGCCUGGACAGACAGUCCUGUUCAGAAUUGUUUCUCUGGAUAAUGAGUUCCAUCCCUUGAAUGAAGUAUUUCCACUGGUGUAUAUCGAGGACCCAAAGAGAAACCGUCUGUACCAGUGGACAAAGGCAGAAUUAAAGAGGGGAUUAAUCCAGCUGUCCUUCAACCUCACCUCUGAACCUACGCAAGGCACUUACACAGUGGUGGCAGAGAAGGCCUCUGGGAAGAAAAUUCAGCAUUCCUUCUCUGUGGAGGAAUAUGUUCUGCCAAAAUUCGAAGUAACAGUGAAAAUGCCCAAGGUGAUCACUAUUCUUGAUGAGAAGCUGAAGGUGACAGUUUGUGGUCUAUACACAUUUGGGAAGCCUGUUCCUGGCCUCGUGAGCUUCCGUGUCUGCCGGAAGUUUGAACACGCAGCAGCCUGCUAUGGCGAAGAGGCUAAAGCAGUGUGCGAGGAGUUCUCUGGGCAGACAGAUAACUAUGGCUGCAUGUCUGAAACAGUAAAGACCAAGUUAUUCCAGCUCAAGAGAAGUGGAUACGAGAAUAAACUCCGUGUGGAGGCUAAGAUUAAAGAGGAGGAGACAGGAGUGGAGUUGACUGGAACAAGCUUCUCUGAGAUCACAACCACCAUUAGCAAAAUCACCUUUGAGAAUUCAGAUUCCCACUACAAACCUGGAAUCCCCUUCUUUGGGCAGGUGAAGCUAGUGGAUGGGUCUGGUGCUCCAAUCGCCAAUGAAAUUGUGAGGAUUUCUGCACAAGGAGGUCAGGAAGACAACUACACAACAAAUGAAGAGGGCAGGGCAUGGUUUACCCUGAACACUUCCAUGUUGUACUACGAUUCUGUGGGAAUUCGGGCAAUUCAUAAAGUACAUCCCUAUUGCUAUGACCGUUCCUGGGUUGUUCCACGUUAUGAAGAAGGCUAUCUACCACUAAAGCGUUUUUACUCUCCUAGCAAUAGCUUCCUCAAAAUUGAGCCCAAGCCCAAGACACUAAGCUGUGGCUCCUCCACAGAGGUCCGGGUGCACUAUAUCUUUACUCCGGAGGCAAUAGGAGAGCAGAAGAAAAUCGUCUUUUACUACCUGGUGAUGGCCAAGGGAAUUAUUAAGCAAGCGGGCACCCACGUUCUGGAUUUGGACCAGGAAAGCACCAAUGGCGUCUUCUUGCUACAGCUGUCUGUACAAGCUGAUAUUGCUCCAGUAGCCCAAGUGCUUGUCUACACCACUGCCCCCAACAGGCAGGUGAUUGCUGAUUCAGCCAAGUUCAAUGUAGAAAAGUGUUUCAGCAACAAGGUGGACUUAAGCUUCUCUCCUUCUGAAGGCCUUCCUUCCUCUGAUGCUCAAUUGCUGUUCAGAGCCUCCCCAAACUCCCUCUGUGCUGUCCGUGCUGUGGACAAGAGCGUUCUCCUUAUGAAGCCAGAAGCUGACCUGUCACCCAGCUCUGUGUAUAGCUUGCUGCCAGUGAAGGAAUUACAUGACUAUCGCCACGGUCCAGACAUGCUCUGGGAGGAGCUGCUGGAGAACUGUGUCCCCUUGAAGAAGAUAGUUUUGGAUGGAAUCACCUAUUCUCCAGUAGUGGAGCCGAAUGAGGAGGACGCUUACAGCAUCCUAAAGGAAAUGGGUUUAAAGAUUUUCACAAAUACCAAGGUGAGGAAACCUUGGUAUUGCGGCACUGGGAAUUUCGUGUCUGGAGGAGACGGCCUUGGAGCACCUUUAGCCAUGGCUGGAGCACCUAUGUAUGCAAUGAGGACAAGCGGCCUUGAGACAGGUAGAAUUUCUCCCACAUCAAGCACUCCUGAAAAGCUCACAGAGACAGUUCGAAAAUAUUUCCCAGAAACUUGGAUUUGGAGUUUAGUAUCUAUAAGCUCUGAGGGAAAUGCUGAUCUAGAUGUGACCAUCCCUGACACCAUCACCGAGUGGAAAGCCAACGCAUUCUGCACUUCGGCAGACACGGGCUUUGGCCUGUCCCCAACAGUGUCCCUCAGAGCCUUCCAGCCCUUCUUUGUAGAGCUCACCAUGCCCUACUCUGUCGUGCGUGGUGAAUCCUUCACACUGAAAGCCACUGUUUUCAACUACCUGACAGCCUGCAUCAGGGUCAGCGUGACACUGGCUCAGUCUACUCAUUUCCUGGCUACUCCAGUGGAAAAGGAGGAAGAAUCUUAUUGUGUCUGUGAGAACGGGAGGAAUACUGUGGCCUGGCUGGUGACUCCCAGGUCUUUAGGGCAGGUGGAGUUCUCGGUGAGCACUGAGGCCCUGCAGAACCAGCAGCCCUGUGGGAAUGCCAUUGUGGAGACCCCUGAGAAAGGGCGGAAGGACACGGUUAUCAGGCAGCUGCUGGUGGAGCCUGAAGGAAUCGAGAAGGAAACAGUCCAGAACUCUGUGCUCUGUGUAAAAGGAGUGCCUGUGAAAGAGGAAUUUUCCUUGUUGCUACCCUCAAAUGUGGUAAAAGACUCAGGCCGAGCAUAUUUUUCAGUGCUGGGUGACAUCAUGGGCACUGCCAUGCAGAACCUGCACCAGCUCCUCCAGAUGCCAUUUGGCUGUGGGGAGCAGAACAUGGUCCUGUUUGCACCCAAUAUCUAUGUCCUGGACUACCUGAACAAGACAGGGCAGCUGAGUGAGGAGGUCAAAUCCAAGGCCAUUGGAUACUUAGUGAGCGGUUAUCAGAGGCAACUAAACUACAAGCACUCGGAUGGCUCUUACAGUACAUUUGGACCACAUUAUGGCCAACCAGGGAACACCUGGCUCACAGCCUUUGUCCUCAAGUCCUUUGCCCAGGCCCGGACUCACAUCUUCAUAGAUGAGAAGCACAUCCAGGAUGCUUUGGUGUGGCUGUCCUACAAACAGAAAGAGAAUGGCUGUUUCCGCAGUUCUGGGUCACUCUUGAACAAUGCUAUGAAGGGAGGAGUGGACAACGAGGUCUCGCUGAUGGCCUACAUCACUAUCGCAUUGCUGGAGAUCCCUCUGCCUGUAACUCACUCAGUGGUGCGUAAUGCUCUG